AUGUGGAGCUUUGCUUCAAAAGCCAUAGGUGGCGGCAUCAGCCUGAAGGGCAAGGGCUCCAAGGCGAGCCACUCUUGCACUGAAUGCUCUGACGAUGAGGUAUCUUCAAACACCAGCAGGGAAGAGGGUCUGGAGUGCCCAAUUUGCUGGGAAUCCUUCAACAUUGUGGAGAAUGUGCCCUACGUCCUGUGGUGUGGCCACACCCUCUGCAAGAACUGUGUUCUUGGCCUCCAGUGGGCGGUGGUCAAGUUCCCAACCCUCCCCCUGCAGCUGCCACUCUUCAUCUCCUGCCCAUGGUGCCACCUGCUCUCCUUCAGAUUGGUCUACAAGGGUGACCUCAAGUUCCCCCGGAAGAACUUCUUCCUGCUGUGGAUGGUUGAGAGUUUGAAUGGCGACAGAUUGAGGCCUCCUUCCUCAUUUUCUGCCGAUCACCGGCCCGCUUGGGCAUCAAACAGCAGCAUGUCUCUGGGGAGUGAAGUCCAACAUCAGGGUGGUCUCAGAAGAAAUUUCUUUCCCCAGCUGAACCAGCCCCAUCAGAUCCCAAGCGAAGGUAAUAUCUUCCCCAGCUCUCUCAAUAUAGAGAGAUUGCAGGAAUCCGUGAGAAAAUCUCUUCUCUUCUUCGUCCACAUGACAGCUAAAUUUCCUCUCGUCAUCAUCUUCCUCCUCAUAGUUUUCUAUGCAAUCCCUGCCAGCGCUGCUAUCCUUGCCAUGUACAUCCUUAUCACGGUCCUAUUUGCCUUGCCAUCUUUCCUAGUGUUAUAUUUCGCAUAUCCUAGCUUGGAUUGGCUGGUUAGAGAGAUUACCACCUGA